AUGAAAACCCUCCCUCUAGCCCUCCUUGCCUCGGCCUCAACGGCCCUAGCGAUCCCCCCUCAACACAACAGGUACCCAGCGAGACAAUCGGCGACGAAAUACCUGAUCAGUUUUGGCGAUUCGUACACUUCUACCAGCUUCAACAUUACCGGCGAGAAGCCCUCCGCCUCCAACCCACUCGGGAACCCCCCGUUCCCAGGCUGGACCUCAGCCGGCGGCGCGAACUGGAUUGGCGACCUCGUCGGAACAUACAACAACUCGCUGCUCCUAAACUAUAAUUUCGCCUAUGGCGGGGCCACAGUCAAUGCCUCUCUAGUUGCGCCGUAUACGCCUGAGGUUUACUCGUUGAUCGACCAGGUCGCCGAGUUCAACGAGUAUCUCGUGCCACCACCCAAUUUUGCGCCGUGGAGUACAAACAAUACCCUUUUCGCCAUCUGGCAGCAUACCAGGGGCGUCAACGAUGUAGGAGGGUCAUGGUACCAGACAAACCCGGAUGCCCUCGCGACUGAGAUCCUCACCCAGCUCUUCCAGCAGAUCGAGCUCAUCUACGCCGAAACCAACGAAAGAAGCCCGCUGAUCAUACCAGCCACGGACCGGUCCCCGUACAUCACCCAGGGCGAAAACGCAGACUACACGGUGACACAUCUCAAGGCUGCGAUCGCGAGCUGGAAUACCCAAUUUACCGAAAAAGCAGCUGCCUUUGCAGCUGCUCAUUCCGAUGCAGUCGUCAAAGUCAUCGACACUCAGCCCGUGUUCAAUGAGAUACUCGACGCUGGCGGCGAGGCGGCGGACUGCUGGAACGAAGACGGCGUCACCUGUCUUUGGUUCAAUGACUAUCAUCCAGGUCUGGUCAUCCAGGAUGCAGUUGCGCAGGCGGUUGCAGAUGCUUGGGGCGAUUUCUUUGUGGUUCCCUAG